AUACCAUAUAUGGUAUUUAAAGUAACACGUGACCGUAAGUCUGCCAAUAGGAAUUCCCUAUGGUGUGAUGCGGGAAAUUUAGACCUGCUUGUAAAAAUUUGACUGAUAUCUUGCCCGUUCGACGUUCCAAGAAGAUUACUCACAACAUUUACUCCGUUUUUUAAAUAUAAUUUCAUCACAAGUAUGGCUGUGUGUUUAGUAGCAAUGUUCACUGAAGACCUUAUUGCUCACUUGUUAUCAAAAGGCAUCUCAAGAGAAAUUUGCGAUCAACUGAAAGAAAAUGCUAUUGAUGGGGGUACAUUGAACUUUUUGAUGCAAGACAUCGACGAAUUCAAAGCGGUCUUACCUAAAUCUGGCCAUCGAAUUCAACUAAAACAAAAAUUGGCCUUUACUUUAUCUGCGACAACAGAAAACGAAAAAAUGCCUCAGCAAAUUGUGAUGCCACAUGAUGAUGAACCACACACAUCAGAGCUAGAACCACCAAUGCCAACUGAACCACCUUUGCCAGUGGAACCACCUUUGCCAGUGAAACCACCUUUGCCAACCAUGGCAUGUGAAAGCAGUGUUGAAAGUGUGAAAGCAGGUGUUCAAAUGAAGAAACCACUCAAGAGUCCCAAACCUAUUACUAAUAGUUCAGAUGCCACAGCCCUACCAAACACUCUCCCAUUUCCUGAGAGUUUCUCUGUGCGAGUGCAGAUGGCAAUAAAAAAUGGCUCUGUUGCCCCUGAGCGAACACAGCUGAUUGCAGAUGUAGGGACCUUUUAUUAUGGUUUGUCCAGCCACCCAAAGCAAGGUGACUACAAGAGGAUUGCCAUUUUAGUGUGCGAGAAAUUCCCUGAGUUGAGAGAUUCCAAUCAAGCAAGCUAUUGGGUAUCAAUCCAGAAACAAUUGUCGCAAUUCUUCAGAAACCUUCGGCGGCGGACAGUUAACAAAGCGAUGCAUGGACAACCCCAUGGUUAUGCAAAUGAAAGUGCCUCAAAGAAAAUAAAACUGACUGCAGAGGAUGAUGAGCAAGCUCAAAAAAGAAAUAUGGAGCUUUUGAAAAAAGCAAAACCUGGUGCAAUGGCUCCUAAAGACAUUUCGGAGGAAAUUAUCGAAAAUCAAGCUACAUCUUCUACAGAGGUCUUGGAGGAAUGUCCAUAUCUUGGUCAUCCAAAUGUUGUAAGAAAAGAAGUUAGCAGAAUCAUUGGGCAGAAAAAUUGGGAAAAAGAGGCUGAAAAGAAGUUGGAGACUGCAUUGAAAGCUGUCAUACAAAUUAAGGAUAAGGAAUGUGAAAUGAGAAGUGAACAGGUUGUGGAGGCUGUGGAGCAAAUUGAGAGAAAGACAAAAAGGAACAAAGGAACAACAACAAGUCCUGCAUCCACCAUGAGACCAGAAACCUUGUUCAAAGACAAGAAUGUCGAGUUUCGCUUGGUUGUGAUUGGGUCUCCUGAGGAGGUCAACCAAGUUUUUGUGGCAGGUGAAGACCAGUCAUUUAUUGAGAGUGAAGGUAUACUCCAAGGUUUGAUCGACCUGCUUUGUUGUUACUAUGCAUAUCACGUCUCCUACCCUGAAAGUAUGGAAGGAUGCUUGCUUUUCCUACAAGACAUUCUUUUGCCAACAAAUGAUGGCAACUACAGAGGAACAAAAUUUUCCUCAUUUAUGGCAAAGAGUGUGAAUACGUACAAUCCAGAAAGUCAGUUUAUACAAGACCUUCGAGAGAAAGAAGUCCCUGGUAUGAAGGGAGUAGUAUCGUCAUCUAAAGGAUUACACACCAAACUACGUCAAGCUGCUCAACGGAAAAAUGGAGUAACAAAAGAACGCAAACAGUUGAUUAAAAUGGGAAAUAAGCUGAGAGCUGAAUUGUUGAAAUAUAAAGGAGGGAAAAAAUCGCCUUCAAUUGAGGCACGUCAAUCGUCCAAAGAUCCGCAGAAUGUGGCGCAAACAUCCCGAUCCCAACUACGGGGUUUGGAACAGUUGCAAUAUGAACUAACAAGCAAAGAACUGCAUGCAGUAUGCACAGAGAACACUAGCGAGGAAUAA